UGCUUGUAUACCCUGUUUUUUACCUUUUAUGUUGAUGAUGAAAAUGAUGGUAUUAUCCUUCAAUAGAUAUAUAAUUUUAUUAAUUCUUAUACAUUAUACUUAUACAAAACCACAUUUAGAAACAGUGAGUCGACGUGAUACAGAACAUUUUAUUGAUGAUCCAGAUCGUCAUGAUAUUGAAUUUGAUCAUAAUGCAUUUUUAGGUGAAGAGACUGCUAAAGAAUUUUCCCAACUUACACCAAAUGAAAGUGAAGAAAAAUUAAAAAUUAUUAUUAGAAAAAUUGAUAAAGAUAAUGAUGAAAAAAUUACAGAAUUUGAAUUAAAAUCUUGGAUUGAAUAUGUAGCUAGUAAAUCGAAACAAAAUAGUACAGAUCGUCAAUGGAAUGAUAUAAAUCCAACUAAUCAAUCUUCAAUUAAAUGGACAGAAUAUCUUAUAAAAACAUAUGGACCAGAAGAAGAACGAUUGAAAGAUACAGCUACAUCUGAAUCAUAUAAAAAAGCUGUACAACAUGAUCGACGACGAUGGGUUGCUGCUGAUUUAGAUGAAGAUGACAGUUUAAAUAAAACUGAGUUUACUGAUUUCGUACAUCCUGAAGACAGGCCAAAUAUGAGAGAUGCUGUUAUUGAUGAAUUAUUGGAAUAUGUGGAUAAGGAUAAUGAUGGAUAUGUAUCUGAAAAAGAAUAUUUAGGUAAAAUAAAAAUUUACUAUAUUUGGUUAUUAUUUCAGCUUACUGAACACCACCCUUAUCUAUCACAUUAUUAUUUUAGGGGGAAAAAGAAAACGACAAAAAGCUGGUAACCGAAACUGAAAACUUGUCUCCAACAUUGCUCACACAUAGUUUCUACAAAUUUGAUUUAGCUCGUGCUUAUCAAAGUACACCAUUUGAUGAAAAUGAACCUGAAGCAGAAUGGGUUGAACGUGAAAGAAGUCAAUUUCGUCGAUUCAGAGAUACAAAUCAAGAUGGUAGAAUGGAUAGAGCAGAAGUUGGUGAAUGGAUAAUGCCAUCAAAUUAUGAUCCAAUAGAUGCAGAAACAAAACAUUUAUUUUAUCAUGCUGAUACUAAUAAGGAUGGAUUAUUAACAGAAGCAGAAAUUAUCGCUAAACGAGAUACUUUUGUCAGUAGCCAGGCCACAAAUUACGGAAAUGCGCUAAAACAACAUGAAGAGCUUUAAUUAUAAUGAAAAUACAUUAAAACGAAACAUUAAAUUGGAUGAAAGUGCUUUAUUUCAUUUGUAACUGGUUGUUUUUUUUUAUUCGCUUGAUCCUGUUGGUAGUAUGAAUAAAAUAAUAAUCUUGUUCAUCAUUC